AUGAUUUUAAGUCUGUUAAUUGUUUUGGCAGUUCAAUCUUUUGGCGUUAAGGGUGCCCAUGACAUUAUUAUGGAGGAUGCAGUUUGUUCAGUUUUCAGUAAAGAGUAUUUAACCGAGCCAGACCUUUAUGUAACUACUGAUAACCAUGUAUAUGUUAACUUCUCGAUAAUUAAAACAUUUCCAGUAGGAACUCAAUCCCAUUUUCAAAUAACUGGAGCAACACUGGGUGAAUAUGUCAUGGAUUUUGGAGUCGAUGUAAUAACGGACUUCUGUGAAGUAAUAAGAGAACCUGUUAUAGUCGGUCCCGUUGCAAACAAGAUUGGAUUUUUCAAGACCGAUUGUCCACCAUCUCCUGGUGUUUAUGGAAACGAAAACAUUGAAAUCCCAAUGGACCAUUUGCCAGAUAGACUUGUACCUAAUAAAUAUCGACUUACCUGGGAACUUCUACAUAAAACGGAGAAAUUAUUUGGUGCCUUAGAAAUCAUUAUAGAGGAUAUAGUUUAUCCAGUUUUUAAUAAAGAGUAUCUAAUCGAGCCAGAUGUUUAUGUAAAUGCUGAUAACCAAGUGUUUAUUAACUUCACGAUAGUUAAAUCAUUACCAAUAGAAACUCAAUCAAGUUUUGAACUACUUGGAGCAUCACUGGGUGAAUAUGUCAUACAUACUGGAAUAGAACAACAAAUGGGCUUAUGUGAAAUGAUAGAUGAACCUGUUAUAGUGGGUCCUCUUUUACAAAUGGUUGGAUUUAGAAAGUUUGAUUGUCCUCCACCUCCUGUAAGCUCUAUUUAUUCUUUUAGUUACGCCAACAUUUGUUUGAAUGGUAUUUAUAAAAAAGAAAACAUUGAAAUACCAAUGGAACUUAUGCCAGAUGAAAUGACACCUAAUAAAUAUCUAAUUUCCUGGGAACUUAUGUAUAAAGAAGAGAAAUUAUUAGUUGUUAUGAUAUAUAUUAAUAUUCACUAA